CCCGGCGCUGCCGAGUGUCCCGGUGUCGCUGGCGCCGCCGGGAGCGCCAGGAGCGGCGGCUCCGUCCCGUCCGCCCGCCCGCAGCGGAGCCGAGCGCGCAGGGAACGGCGCUGCCGCCUCGCCGCCGACAGCGCGCUGUUGUCUUAGGUCAGCCUUCCCCGCCUCAGACCUGGUGAAGUCGGCAGAAACAGCGAAUUUUCAGCAACAGGAGGGGUUAGAGGAGAUGCCACAGAAGCAGCCUCACCUUCAGCCCUGACCUGCUGCACCACUUCAGGUUUUUCCUAGGCACAGAGCUGGUACUGUCUACUCAGGCAGAGGACUGUGUAAAGGACAGUCAAAAAGUAAGAAGGGCAGGGCCAUGGAGGCAGCCGACGUGCCGCCCGAGGGCUACUCGCUGAUCAAGGCCGUGUACCAGCGGCGGCUGCGGCUGACGCGGCUGCUCAUCGACGGCGGCGCCUACGUCAACGAGAGCAACAGCCGCGGCGAGACCCCGCUCAUGGUGGCCUGCAUGACCCCGCACGCCGACCUGCAGAGCGCCAGCAAGGCCAGGAUGGUCAAGUACCUGCUGGACAACAAGGCCGACCCCAACAUCCAGGACAAGUCGGGCAAGACGGCCCUGAUGCACGCCUGCCUGGAGAAGGCAGGCCCCGAGGUGGUGUCGCUGCUGCUGCUGAGCGGCGCCGACCCCAGCCUGCCGGACCACUCCAACCGCUCGGCGCUGGUGUACGCCAUCAACGCCGCCGACAGGGACACCCUGGAGCUGCUGCUGAAGGCCUGCAAGGCGCGAGGCAAAGAGGUCAUCAUCAUCACCACCGACAAGUCCGCCUCGGGCAGGCAGAAGACAAAGCAGUACCUGAACGUGCCUCCUCCAGACCUCGAGGAGUGCGCUUCUCCAGCCGACUGCACCUCCCCGUCAGAGAUAGAGCCAGAUGAGGGUCCAGAAGACCCAUUCAGCUUUAAAGAGCUCUACGGUGGGCAGCAGGGGGACAGCUCCUCGGAAAGAGUGCCACUGAUGACCAAAUCCAGCUCCGCACCAGCACGGUUCAAGCUGGCGCAGGUGCUGCAGUGUGAUCCGUGGCUAAAGUGCUGCCCAGCAGUGUUCCAGCAGAGGAAACUUGCUUCUCCACAAGAACUCCAGACCAUCACUCCCAUGGAAGAGCUCUCCUGUAAGGUUGGUGGCCUUGACUUAUGCAAGUGUGUCACCUGCAGUCAUGAAAGCAGAGACAGGAAGGACACUGCUCAGGUACUGAGAGCCUCUGAUCAAACCAUGUCAAGGAAGGCACUACGUGAUGCAAUAAACUAUCAGCCUCCUUUUGUUGAAGAGAAACACAACCCCAGUGAGAUUCCCAUGGGCAUGGAUGCCAGCUUGGGACAAAUCAGCUUGCUUUCAAACCUUGGCAGUAUUAUCAAGAAAGGAAGUGGAGAAGCAAAUUACAACAUCUCCGGUUCUCAGUUCGCCAACACUCUAAUUCCUGCUGCUGAUCCCAAAGGUAGUAAGUCACCAAAAGGAAAUAGAGAGAUUCUUCCUACGUACCAGACUUUGUUACCAAGUCCAAGAAGAGGUCUAGAGGUGCCUCCUCUUUCUCCAAGAGGCAGAAAUCAGGCUCCUCUAGAGGAAGAGGGCUCAGGAGCCUCAGGGCUGGAUCAGACGAGGCCAGGUUUUCUGCCUCCACUGAAUGCGAGCCCCCGCCCCCCAGCUCCAGAGCUCACUGUCAUAAACACAGUGUCUGGAAUGAUUUCCUAUGGACAAACUCACUUAGCCUCCCCGGGAUCUGCUUUCCCCAAGGGGACCAAAGAGACGAAUCUGAUGCGGAGGAGGCCCUACGAGCAGAUCACAGUGUGACCAGAUUCAGCAGUCACUGAAUCUUUAACAGGAGAGCAAAGGGGAUCUUAAUGAUAUGUAAAUAUUCACUGCAGUCCUUAACUGUAAUGAAAAUAGAGCAGGUCUGUGAUGUAAAGUAAUGUCUGCCUCAGGAUUAGUGGUACAGCCCAGAAACUAAAUGAAAAGACUUCAUUCUCAUGAGGCUGUCCUCUGCAGUCUAAGCAGUGUUUAUUUUGCUGGUUUUGUAAAGUUUUCAGCUUGCCUGUGACAGACAACCCACAGCAGUCCUUAAGUGUUGCAGUUCUCAUUGCAGGUUGUAAAUGCUGCCCCUCCAGGCUUUCCCCAAGCACACGCCCUUUCAGCACACGCAGUCCGGGCCCCCGGAGCGUUUGGCCGCGCUGCCGGACCCGCACUGCCCGUGUCCAGGCUGUACAUACGCACACAGCCCCCCGAGACAGCGGCGUGCCGCGGGGCGGAGGCGGCGGGCUCACCGUGUCUCCUGGCCCGCAGCAAAGCCUCGCAGAACGUCACAGCUGUGACACUGAUGUCGCAGGGCCAGCCCCGGAGCCCGGCUGGCCCCGAGCCGGCGGUGGCAGCCCCGGGGCUCUGCAGCGCUGCCGAGUGACACGCCAGCCCCGCUCAGGCUGGCCCGGGCACCGCGGCCGCAGCCUCUGGAAUGCGCUCCAGAGGGAUUUCUUUUAUUCCGGAAAGCGAGAAAAUCGCUUUUCUUUGGGAGAAGCGAGGGUGCAGGGGGGCAGAGCCUGCACCUGGAACAGGCUCUGUAGCCUCCCGCAGUUGUGGAGCCCCCAAAAGGAGAGCUGGGGCCAUGUGCCCCCAGUGACAGCGCUCCUCACCGGGUACGGACACCGGGACACACCCGGAGUGUGCGCACGGGCAGGGCGCUGCACACGCACCCACUGUGGGGAGCAGCGAGGAGCGCUGUCCCCCUGCUCACACAGACCCGAAACAGAAAACCCAACAGCUCCAGGGACGGCGAGGCCCUGGCACGGCUUCCCCAGAGGAGCUGUGGCUGCCCCGUCCCUGGGAGUGUUCCAGGGGCUUGGAGCCACCUGGUCGAGUGGAAGGCGUCCCUUGCCAUGGCAGGGGCCUUGCAGCGAGAUGGGCUUUCAUUUCAGAUGGUUUCCAACGCAAAACACUCUGUGAUCCUGUGAGUGUGAUUGUCAGACUCACCUGGGAGAUGGAAACCCACAUUCUGCCGAAUUUGAAACAGAGGGCUGAAUUUCCCACAAGUGGAAAGCAGUCCCUCCGAGCUACUGUGUAUUUUUAAGUAUCUCUAUCUAAAAAAUCUUUCUUUCCUUUAGUGUCUUGUGAUUCCAAGUAUCUCCCUUGUCUUUGUGUGCAUCCCGUAGAUGCUGGGAUUCUGGUAUUGCGUUUAGAUCUCAUCUUCUAAAUUUUGAGAAAAAGUGGAUGUGUUCCGUUUUGUUGUAAGUUACAGAAAUUAGUUGUGUUGAAAUUGUGUCUGUGUAACGUGAAAUUCAAUAUACAGAAAUUAGGUAUUUAUUUCCUGAAAAUACUCAGUGGGUAUGUUGCAGCUUCAGUCAAAGUUCAUCAAAUCUGACAUUGCAUAAAAGAAGCCUGUAAUGUUAUUUAGCUUUGCACUUAGUAGGAGACAAUGUAACGGGGAUCUUAACCAAAAAACAGUGGUAAGGGGAUCUUAAACACAAACCAAUUUAAGGAGGAUCGGAGACAUAAAACAAUUAGAAGGGGAUCACAAUCAUAAAAAUUUUUAAUGGGGAUCAUCACCAUAAAACAAUUUAAUGGGGAUUCUAAACAUUAAACCAUUUCAAGGGGAUUAUCAACAUAUACUCUCUGUAAAUUACUUUUUGGGAGUAUUUGUUUCCAUUCAGGUUCUGCCUUUUCCUUCAGGAAAUUUUCCUGGAUCAGGCCCUCUGUACACCAGGUACAAAAAAUGAUUAUGUGGACAUAUUUUUAAGAUACAGAAAUUAUAUGGAACAACAUAUGUCAGUAUUAACUGGGUACAAAUUAGUCCCUACACUGAUUACACUUUCCUAAUGUUUUUAUGAUAAUACAAAAGGAAAUGCCAAGUUCUCAACUGUCCAUCUCAUAGUGAAGUUAAAUAUUUGAAAGGGAAAAUAGAUCUUUAAAAAAUAAAAAUUAUUUCUUAGAAGAAAUUGCCUAUCACCAGGUAUGCCAACGGGUAGCUUUGAUAAGGGUAUAAAGCCCAAGUUCUGCUGUUUUGAUUUUAAAAUUAAUUAUGUAUAUGGGACUAUGGCUCCCUUAAAUAAAACCAUAAUUUUUCUAUUAAAUGCUCAGACAAUGGAGGGAAGUGGCAAGUGUCUUGAAAAGGGAAGUUUUUUGGUAGUAUUACCAGUGUUGUGUGAUUAAUUGUGAUGCAAAGUAGUGUGAAGUGUUGAUAUUAUUGUUUGUGUUACUGUUACAAGUGACCUUCAAAGGAAAAAGCUUUGUUCUCUUGCUGUUGUUAUGCUGAAUAAAUAAAAGUUAUUUUUCCCCCUCAG